AUGUCGUGCUCAGAAAGAGGCUCAGUAUUAGGUGUCUUCCGAAAGCGCCGCACAUUCAACUAUUCAAUCCUGUACCAGCCUGACGGGUAG